GGGAAAUAAAUAAGAAAAAUCAUAUCCUUUCUAGAAUUCUAGGUUUUGUUUGUCCCCAUCUUCCCAUUCAGAUUUAAGUUUGCUGAUUCUUACAAACAUUUCCCAACCUUCUCCGGAGAAGGAAGAAUUUACUCAGUGGAAAUCUCCACCCAAAAUGGAAGAAUCAUAAGCUAAAUCUCGUUAUCUUCAACAAACAGAAAAACUGUGGUUCUUAAUGAAUGUUCUAUGUUAAGCAAAAGUGAAUAGGGCUAAUUUGCGUGGUUCCCAAGUCCACCCAUUUGACAGGAAUGCGAUAUAGUGGAUGCCCACAGGGACAUUUUUGCAGCUCCGUGCUCGCCACGCUGCCUCCGUGGACGUAUUUCUCAUUGUUUGAAAACCGGUGGCCAGAUACCCAGCUGCAUAACCCACGGGCCCGUUUUAGGCUAAUGGGCGGCCCGCGAAUUCUGCCCUGAGUAAGUAAUCGUCAUUUGUAUGUCGUAGUUAGAUAAAGAGGAAUCACUAAACAAUAGCUGUCGUUGUUAUGGUGGUAUUCUUUUCCGGGCUGGCUGAGGUUUUGACGGCUUCAUUUGGUGCUACUAUUAAACGUUAUCUCUUAUUUCUUAAGCGGCGUUGCAGGCUGCUGUAAUUGCUGUGGAGCCCACACGACUGGGCCAGGGUUUCUUGGUAACAUCUGUGCAUAUCUUAUCAGGAUUUAGAUUUGCAUUUCUUGGACACCUAUACAUAUACAUUGUGUAUAUAGAAGGUGUGCAGAGAGUAUUUGAGAAAAAGCAGGAGGGAAAAUGACAAUUGCCAAGGCAAGAUACAGUCUUAGAGAGGAUGUGGGUGUUCAUGCUAUUUUGGGAUGGAUUGAGUGGAGUAAUAUGGUUGGUUUAGUACAUGUAUGAAAAGAAGCCUGCUUUCUUAGUUUAAAAAAAUUAGGAAUUGUUUCCUGUGCAAUUUUUGAUUUCUUCUCGCUACCUGAUCACUUAUGUGGUAGUUCCUGCAUUGAAUUUUGUUUCGUGUGUACUUAUGCCUAGAUUUUGAGCAAAACCAUAGGUGGGUUUAAUUAUUUCUGUUGGGUGAAGAUCUGUUGGAUUGCGGUUUGAAUUUGGGGGAGAAUUUCCAAGCAGAAUAAUUGGUAGUUAUUUGGAGCUAAAGUCCAGUAAAGUUUCUUUCAUUAAAAGUUCUUUGGGUUGUCCAUUUUGAUUCACCUGGUUGGUUAGGCCCGCCUACAAAAGUGUGCUCUUUGAUUUAAAGCCAAAGAGAAAAGCUAUCAAGUGUUGACUUCGGCCCCCAUUUGAAUUAAAUUCUCUGUACUGCGUGGUAGUGAGCUUAAACUAGUUAUUGUGCCAAAAGGUUUAGGUAUAUAAAACUACUGAGGGCUUCACCUGCAAGCCCAAUUAAAUAGUUUGGAAUCAAAUGAUGAAGAGCCGAAGAAUACUUGUGGCGAAGGAGUAUGACAGCUUCACUGUGUUGGCUCCCUCUAAUACUACAACCUUGAGUGACAAUGCCUUCUUGUCUGAUAAACAUAACCAAUCUAAUUUGGGUUCCUCUUUACCCCGUUUCAGUUUAUUGGAGAAGAGCAGCAAUGACUCUUUAACGCCUGAAAGUUCUUAUGGCAAUCAAUAUGACAUGAAUGGACGUUUCAAUCCCUCCAUGGGCAUUGUCCUUGUUGUUGUCUUAAGUGUUUUCUUUUUUAUGGGUUUUUGCUCAGUCUAUGUUCAUCGUUGUGCCUCAGAUGAAGAGGAUUCAAGGGGUAAUUCUAGGAGGGGAGGUGGUGGGAAUGGGAGGAUGAGAGCUUCUCAAGGACUCGAUAAAAAUGUAAUUGAGUCUUUUCCUGUGUUCAAUUAUUCUUUGGUUAAGGGUUUGAAGCAAGGAAAACAAGCACGGGAGUGUGCAGUUUGUUUGAGUGAAUUCGAGAAUGAUGAAACACUGAGAUUGCUGCCAAAAUGUAGUCAUGCAUUUCAUCCUGAUUGCAUUGAUAUGUGGUUCUUUUCCCAUGCAACUUGUCCCCUGUGCCGAUGCAGUCUUCUUCCAGAACCCAAUGGUGUAGUACAAGGCCUCAGAUUUGAUUUGGAAGCUCUACCUCAGCAGGCAGGGGCACCAUCGCAGGAAACUGAGCAAGUGGUGGUUGUUAUUGGAGCAAGGAAUGCAGGGCAAGAUAGAGUAGACAAUCAAGGCAGAGGAACAAAUGAAGUAAAUUCAUUUGAUGCGGGGGUAUGUAGAACAAGUGCAGAUCAAGCCAGCGUUUACAAUGAGCACAGCACAUCUGCAACUGAUUCUCCCAUUCUUGGAAUAAUGAAUAGCUUAAGGCCUAUAGAGAAGCGUAACCAGAAUAUUAGACGUUCACAUUCAACAGGCCAUUCAUUGGUUAGCCUUGGAGGAAAUCCUGACCACCCUUCUGCAUUCUACAUCUCUACUGAUGAUCGAUAUGUUGUGGAUUUCGCGGAAGGGCUUAUUCAAUCAUCCAAGAGUGGUUUGCACAGAAGUUGCAGCUAUGCAGCAUUUUGUCAUGAAGGGUCACCAGGCCUCCCAUAUUCACAGGCAUCUGUGAAUGACAGAGAGAAGCUUUGGACAUAUCCUUCGUCAAUUGAGGAGCCACGCCCAUGUUCCAAUCCCCGUCCAAGUAGAAGUGCAGAAGCUGAUUCUGGCCAAGGAUUCACAAGGCUUUCCCAAACUCAUUUUGACCCAAGAAUUAAUUCUGACAGAUGGAAUAUUUCUCUCCAUUCACCCAUCUUCUUGAGAACUUUUUCAGAGGGCAGGGCACCAUAUUUCCAGCAGCAAGAAAUGGCUUCUACUUCUUCAACACCUCAUGACAGUAAUCCACAGGACCUCAAGGCUUUUAUGCAGUCUUUCAAAAAGGGUUUCAAGUGGCUGCGAGGAAGAGACAAGAACAUGGCUUCGAUUAAUGGCUCAGAAACUUCCAGGAGAACCUCCAGGAAUGCAGAAGGGGGUGGGUUACUUGCAUACAGUUUUCUGAUGUGAGCUUAAAAACAUCAUUUGAAGGUCGGAAUUGAAUGUUUUGAUAAAAUUAUCAGAAUGAAGAGAAAUUUUGAUGCUGUAGGCGACUUAGGUAAAUUACACAACAAACAUGAAAGAAUUGAUGAUAAAAAACUUCUUCCGGCCUCUUCGCACAUUGAAAAGUAUGGACUGUGGAGGCAAACCCCAAGCUAGAAUCUCUGUACCUGUGGAGAAGAAGCCAAUAAAUUAUCAUUGUUAUGCCAUUCAUGGGUACACAUCUGCAUGUUCCCCUCAGGACUUUGGAGUUGAAGAUAUAACCAGAGUAGAAUGACCUUCAGCCUUAUAUCAAGUAGCUUCAUAAUUCUGCAUAUUGGAACUUCAAUUGAUAUUCAUAAUUAAGCAUUCUUUUUCUGAAUCAGAACAAGUCGUUUGAGCAGAAGAAGCAACAUGACUGAAUUUUCUGUGACCUGCACAGUUUGUAUAUAUGAAAAUUAGGUCAGGAUGUUUUCCUUUCUGUAAAGCUUUGGCUAAACAAGCAUUUUUUGCAUCUUUCUGAACUGUAUAAUCAAUAUACACCAUU